AUGGGGAAGGAAUCAUCGACGGAGAGGAAUGUCGAACACCGUCGUGAAUGGCCUUGUCGGAGCUGGCGGAGGUAUCAUUGCUCAAAUCAUCACGUAUCCUCUCCAAUCGAACAUAAUAAUGCAAAUGGAGAGCAUAGUGUAUCUGGAGACCUGCAUGGUGUUCAACCAGAUCCUGUAGCUGCUGAUAUUCUUAGGAAAGAACCAGAGCACGAGACCUUUGUAAGGCUGAGAAUCAGCCCAUUUGAGACACCAUCUUCUGAUGAAGCAGAGGUUUAUAGAGCAUUACAAGGUUGUCUUGAGAUGCGAAAGAGCUAUGUGUUCAGAGAAAGCAUUGCUCCAUGGGAGAAACAAGUUAUAUCUGAUCUUAGUUCUCCAAAGCGUAAUCCAAAUCCUUUUGACAUUAUUUUCAAAUGGAAGAUGGCGUGGUUCAUGUUUAUGCAGAUAAAGAUUGCUUCGGGAGAUUUUCUUGAAACAGGACAAUCUUAUUCAGGAUCUUGA